UCACAGUCAGUCGGACAGCGAACGUUGUAUGGAACGCACGUCAUACGUCCGUAUAGAAACUUGCCGCGAAAUCAUUACGAAUUGUGGUGCAUCAAUUUUUUAACUUUAGUGUAUGUAGUGUUGUGUUUUUACGUGCCCAUAAAUACAAUUAUUCACUGUAUUGGCUGCAACUGGAUGUGAGAAGGGGCGUAGCGAGGUACAAAGGGGGGAGGGGGCAGCUGCCAGCCCUAGAAGAGCGGUCAUUGAACUUCGUGCUAAGUUGCCGACAUAUUGGAAGAGGUCAUCGAAGAAAGCAUGUGGUGGAGCUGCUGAGUAGUGAACUGCGCGGCAACAUGAAAUAAACAUGGAAUCCCCAGUCAGAAUAUGUAUAGGUGCAGCUUUAGUAGUAAAUUUACUACUAAUAUACAGCUCGACUGUUAAUGCAGAUACGCUGCCGAUCGGCACAACUUCUGAAACUUUGAGAAAUGAUAGAAACCCAAGAUAUGGGAAACUUAACAGCACAACAUGGGUUGACAAAAACAAAUCAAAACUACCCGACGCAGCGCUCAAUGAGCUAAAUCCGAAGGAUUCGUCAAGUGAAGAAGAUGCUGAAAAAAACGCUAAAUAUAAGGAUCGAGGAAGGGUCAAAUAUAAUCUUCAAUCUAAAUCCACAACAGCUAGAUCUUUAAAAAGAGAAACCAAAGCGACUGAUGUCGUCAUAGUGACACCUACCCCUGAAGUAAAAAAGCCUGCAGAAAUUAUUGACAGCAUGCGGCAAUUCAAAAAAACAAAGAUACCUGCAGUAACAAUAGUAAGCAGCACUGAGCCUAUUAGGUCUGAAAUAGAACAUGAAGAUGAAUACGACGACGAAGAGGAAGAUUUAGACUCUUUUGAGAAGUUUACAUCAACUAAGUUUGAUGAUAGUAGCUUUUUCACUAUUCCCAGCUUUGACGAUGACGAUGGUUAUAGUGCUAGCAAAUAUCGACAUGAAUCUGAUGGACAUGAUCAACAUGAGUAUAAUAGUCCAACAUACAGCAGUUUUUCUGACUUCUUUCCUAAAAGUGUUUAUAGUUUGAACCAUGAAGAAUCCUACAACUCGGAAUCAUAUAUUGACUUCGCCUCUGAACUCACUACUCCUAAAAACCCGUUUUUUGAUAAAAAGCAUAAGAGAAUAUCAUCCAGUAGUGCUAAUCAGUUAAAUGCAAUUAAUAAGAUGCCUGGGUCCAACAUAACGGAUGUCUACGACGUUGAUGACAGCAAGGGUUUGGAUAAAAUAAGUAAUAGUAGUAUACCUAGCAAUAAAUCAACUAUAUUUAUCAAAAAUACCAAAGAGUUACGUUUUGUAGAUAAUGAUGAUGAGCGUACUGUAAAUAAAGGUCAAUCAGAUGUGCACGGCACGAGUAUCUAUUACGAGAUGUCAGUAUUGUCAACUGAAACGUAUACAGAUAUUGGUAAGGAAAACGAUGAAGAUUGUGAUGAGAAUGAGCCCACUGGAACCACAGUUAGCACAACGCUUAAUGAGGAACUGGCGUCAAUCAAAGCUGCAAAACCAAAUGUAGUAGAAAGUUCUACAAAAUCUAGCAUUCCUGACUCUCAGCCCAGUCCAGUUUCUAUAUCCACAGUAUCUUCGAAUUACUUCCCCAGUAGCACACCAUUCAUCAUCCAUACUACAGUGAGGCCGAUAUCGUUCUCCACCCAGAAUAUAUUAUCUUCAACAGAUACUCCUAAAAUUUAUUCUAGUAGCUACAACAGAAAUCGAAAUUAUUCAAAACGACUUAAUUUCUCCGGCACCAAAGAUUCUCUAAACAGUGUGUUAUCUACUUUACAAACAGAUCAAGUCUCACCUAGCCAAGCCUAUAGGCCCCAGACAAGAAGAUUUCACUUCACCACACCAAAAUCGAAGCCUGUGUGGAUGGCACCAAAACGCAACGCUACUAAAAGGAUUCCUACUACUAUAUAUUCCGAACAUUUUGAUAUUAAAGACAAAAUGUCGUCUACCCAUAAACCGAAAUUACCUACAAGAACAGUUUUGACUACCCAAUCAUCUGAACAAAUAGACCCUGUAGUACUAAGUGACGUAAGUAGUUCACAAAAGUCUGUGUAUUCCCCAUCUAUAUCUGAUAACACUAUACCAUCGUUAUGGAAAAGAGGAUCCGUCAAGUACGGGACCUCAACUGCAAGCUCUGGUGAAAGGAAUACUGGAAAUGGAAUAAACGAUUUGGAAAUCCCACCAACUUUAACAGCUUGGGCGUUGGCUAGUAUGAGGAGUCCUCCAUCAUCUAGUUCUGUGGUCAAUGCUACUGGAACUACGCCAAAAACUACUGAUGAAAAUGAGUUGCAAAAGGUUGGAGAAACUAUGAAUCAACCUGUGUUAAAUACUACUGGAUCAACGCAGAAAACUGUGGAUGAAAACGAGUUACAAAAUGUACGGAACGCUGUGAGUCCUCCUGUUUCUAAUACAACUGGCUCGACGCAAAAUACUUUUAACGAAAAUGAGUUGCAGAAGGUCGGAGUAGUUAUGGACAAAAGUGAAACUACCACAAGUUCAUUAUCUUCUACUAUAUCUCUAAAUAACGAUUCCCUAACAGAAAAUAUAACAGAAAACUACCAAAGCCGACCGCAGAGUCCAAUAUUUUCUACUGCAUCUGUCUCUGUUGAAACGAAAACUCCUAGUGAAUCAAACUCAGAGAGAAUACCAGCUGAGAGUAAUAUUUCCAUUCAAAGUAGUCAAGAGCCACCUAGUACAGAGGCAAUAAAAACUAUAUCACGAGACAGUUCUAGAUUAAAACCUUCCUGGUUUCCUGUAACGAAUGCCCAUAACCAAGUAACUGUCAACGAAAUUAAAGAAUCUUCAAAUACAAAAGUCAUUCUACCAGUUGAUGCAACUAAGUCAACUGGCUUCGAAUCUAUAACGAAACUACCUGCAGAAAUAACUACGCCUAAAGAUGAUGCAGUGACUGCCUUACAAGAGAAGAAGGAGACAACGAAUGACGAUGCAGUGGCUGCCUCACAAGAGAAGAAGGAGACAACGACAGACUAUGAGAUUACUACCAUCAGGUUUACGUAUGUACCCACUGAAGGAUCUAUCGAAAGUACUGGCCCUGAGGAAAAUACAGACUGGCAUCCUGUUUUCCCAACACGAACACGUGCCACCACUGAAGAACAAAACCAAAUAACUACCUACAGACCAAAAUACGUGACCACAACUGAAAAGUAUGAGGAGACAACGGCAACAAAUUUUGAGAAUACUCCCCAAACAGAAGUAACUGUAGAAAACGUUUCUCAAAAAGAAACGAUUGCUACAGCACCAAUUACUUCAACAACUUUCACUACAAAAUUGCCGACAAUAACAACUACUGCUAAACUCUCACCAGUAACAACAGAAUUUGUAGAGGAAACUACUGAAUCCACUACUGAACCUACAACAUAUACUGUCACAUCUAUAGAAAACUCUACAGAAACUCACACCAGUAAACCACAGGUAACAGAACUUGAGUCAACAACACCUAUAGAAACAACUACGAUUAUAGUCUCAGUAGCCACAGAGAUAAACUCUGAGAGAGUCCCAGUCACCACUUACAUCCCAACUGAUGCAACAGAGUCAUAUGAAGUAGAAACUAGCAAAUCAUCAGAAGAAAAUAGCAACAGUAACGAAGUAGUGGAAGAGACCACUAAAAUACCACCUACAACUACUGAAGGCAUCACAAAAAUCGAAAGAGUGGUAACUACAAUAGAAGUGAGAUAUCCUACGACGUCAGCUAGAACAACGGCUGCGGCUGAAACAACAACGCAGAAAAAAGACGAAGACGAAGGUGAACCAGAAACGACAACGAUUGAAGUCACAACGGAUGAAACAACUAAAUCUGUGAACGACCUGGAGGAUCUUACGAGUUACGCAGAUGAUGUGACUACGGAGGCGUCGUCAAGAGUUCUGGAACAAGAAGCUGGGACGGGUGCAGCCAUUGCGAUAGCUGUCAGCACGAUCGGUGUGAUAGCCCUCGUACUACUUGUUGGACUAUUGCUGGUGGUACGUCGUCGCGGGCGCCGUGGCGUGUACGCCCAGCGCUGCACGCCGGUGUCGCUGGACGCCUACAGCCUGGACAGCGUCAGUGUUGGACAGCGCAAGGGCAACCAGCGCCUGCGCGCCAGCAAACGCAGCUAUGGCAACCCGGCCUACGACGACGAGGUGACAUCUCACCCAAUGCAGUACCCAGCCCUGGCGAACUUCGCUCUGGACAUCGAGUCCAUAACCGCGGAGUUCUCGGAGAUACCGUCGGUGUCGGUGCGGCCCGACGAGGUGCCGCCCGGCUGCGAGGACAAGAACAGAUACUCCAACGUGCUGCCGCUGCCGGAGACCAGGGUGCCGCUGCGGAGGAUCGGCAGUGACCCCACUACGGAGUAUAUCAACGCCAAUUAUGUUACGGGCCCCGGCAAUAUCCGCAACUACUACAUCGCGUGCCAGGCGCCGCUGCCGCACACGGUGGUGGACUUCUGGCGCAUGCUGUGGGAGCAGAACUCGCGGGUCAUCGUCAUGCUCACGGAGUACAUGGAGAACGGCAUUGAAAAAUGCUACGAAUACCUGCCGCCAUCUGAAAUAUCCGACAACAGAAGAACAUUUGGAGAGUUUCAAAUCAUCCUCAAGAAACGGGAGCAAAGGGACAAGUACGCGAUAUCCAGCAUCCAGCUGAUCAACCUGGUGACCAGGACCUGGCGGGAGGUGACUCAGCUCUGGUACUUCUGGCCGGCGAAGGGGGUUCCUGAUGAUUACGACUCCAUCAUCGAUUUCCUGUCCGAAAUGAGGAGUUACAUGAAAGUGUCGCAAACGGCGAAGGAGUACGAUGAAGAUGGUGUGGAAGUGAUUUACCAAGACCAGAGCCGCUCGUCGUACCACAACCUGUCGAAGCUGCGCAGCGACGAGAACGGCUCCGGGAACGGCCUCAACGUGUACUCGCCCGCCAAGGCCGAGGAGAUGAUGAAGAGAGGCACCGCCACCAACGGCACCCUGGGCAGGAUGAAGGCUGCCUCCGAGAUUGAAGGCGUGCGGCCGUGCGUGCUGGUGUGCGCGUCGGGCGCGGGGCGCUCGGCGGCGCUGAUGGCCGCGGACCUGGGAGCGCGCGCGCUGGCGGCGGGGCAGGCCGACGUGCCGCGCAUCGUGCGCCGCCUGCGCCAGCAGCGCCCGCACGCGCUCACCAACCGCCACCACUACAUCUUCCUCUACAGGUUGUUAAGUGAAUACGGAAAUCGACUUAUGGGCGGAGGCGUGGACACAAUAUGAAAAGUAAAACUAAGACUUAACUAAUUACACGAGUAACUAAGUAAUGAUAGACCUAACACAUUCAUUUAUUAUCCAAAAUAGAAGUGAAUUAAACUAAAUGUGUCGUUAAUUUAAACCUCAUAAUAUUAAAUACAACUUUUAAAUUUGUGUAUGUAUAUUCAACAGAAAAUUAAAUUUUAAAAAAUAUCGAAAAAGAUGAUUUUUAAUUAAAUAUGAAGUUCUUGAGAUAUAUUAACCAACGUGUCCCAAAAGUCAACGAUAAGCCGUCACCAAAUGGUGGACCUGCUAAAAACUAUUCAACCGGAAAAAAAUAUCUCAAUUUUUUUCAAGUUACAAGAAAAAAAAAUAUUUGUGUUUAAAGUUUACAUCCCUUUUUAACGACUGUGGUAGAUAUGAGUACAAUUCAGGUUGCCGACCGAAAAAAAAUGCGACCAUAGCCACUACCGGUAGGUAAGCCAUUUUUUUCUUGUUAUUUAAAAAAAAAUUAGGUAAUUUUUUCCAUUUUGCCUUGAGUAAAUUUAAAGUACGUCUACCAUAUGGUGCCGGCUAUCGUUGAAUUUUGGAACACGUUGUAUAUGUGUGUGUUAGGUCUACGUAUUGGACUAUACCAAAGUAUGUUACGAGAUCUCUGAUUUUUGGUCGCUCAGAAUUUUAUUAAGAAUUCUCAUUAAUGGUAGCUAAAAAUUUUGAUAAAUAUUUUAUUGUACGUAAAGUUCGUUUGUUUUUAAAUAAUUUUAAUUGAAAUUAGUUGCGUAUAUUGUAUAUAAAAUUACUAUAUUUAGAUUUUUUAUCGAACAAUUUAAUAUUAGGAUAUAUUUAUUAAGAUUUUAAAUGAUAUUUAUGUAGAUUGACAUAGCGGUUUAAAUAUUUGUUUCCCUAGAUAGAUUCCUGGUUAAAUAUAACCGUGAUAGACUGUCAAAAAACGGUAAAAAACUGCAUAUUAAUAUUAUUCUAAUAAUACAUAAAUAAUUAGGUAUAAUAAUUCCACUAGUCUUAAGAUUUCGAUUAUUUUACCAAAUACCAGUUUUGACAAUGUUACCCUUAGCAUUUUCGAUGUUCUUACAUUUUGUAUAGUUGAAUAUAUCAUAUCUUAUAAACUAUUAUUAUGGUGAAGUCAAGUUAGGUAACUUUGCUUUGUUUUAAUUACUAAUACACUGAUAAGGCAAUCUAAAAUAUAUAUUUUAUGGUACCUACCUAUUUUAGAAAAAAUAUAAAAGCUAAUUUUGUCAAUGCGUUUCGCAAGAGAUCAAAUAAACUCCAACUUCUCGUUAUCUAGCUUAAGGUGAAGUUUCGACAUAAACUACUAACGCGAAGUUGACAAUGUCAGCGCGUUAGCCGCGUUGUGUUGGUGACUGAUGUUUUAUCAACUCAACAAUUUAAACUGAUCCUCCACACCUGAUUUUACCACAUAUCUUUAGAAACUCCAUGGUUAAUCGGCCAGUACCGGAUUCGAAAGAAAAUCGAUUUUCCCCCAUUAGACUAUUGCCUGAUCCACUGCUAGCACACACUUUUUUUGAAUUGAAGUUAAAGAUAUAUAAAAAAUACCUAAUAUUCCUUUAUAAAAGCUACUAAUUUUUCUCUCAAUAAUUCUGAUAAGAUAAUUAUUCUGUUACUUUUAAUAACAUAUUCGUACCUACUAAUUACUUUACUUUGUUAUAACAACAAACGUAACGUUCUUUAUGUUUGAAGGAAGGUUCAUCUGUUUAUUUAUGUAUGUGUAUUAAUACGUAUGUAUAUAUUAUAUGUUGCUUGUAGUUUCGUAGAAUGUAACAUGUAUAUUGUAUAUAUUUAAGUAUAAUAUUUAUGUAAAGAUAUUUGUACAUAAAUACAAUUCAUAAACUUAACUUUUUCACAUCACAUACUCCUUUACAGGCUUACCCCUUACAAGUUAAAGGCUCUUAGUUAUCGGUAGAUGCAAGCUAUCUAUAGAUCAUCGUUAGUUACUUUUACAGUCAAGUAUUAAAUACUUCACUGAGUAAAGUAGACAUAACUAUAAUAAUUAUGAAACUAUUAAUAAGUUAUGUGUUACGCAAUUGACACUAUCUACGAAACGAAACCUUUAGCACCCAUAUAAACCGGAGUUACCUAACUUGACCUCAAUCAAUUCUAGUAUUUACCGAGAUCUGCUGUGAUGCUACUAACAUAUUUUCUAAGUGUGUAUAUUAUUGACCUAACCUUUGCUAAGUUUUUAUAGAACUAUUUCAGCCUAUUUUUAAGGUACAGUGUUUAAUGAUACACCAUUUGAUAUUAUGUAUUGCCUAAGUAUAUAAAGUCAUAAUUUGUUUUAAAGAAAAAAAUCGUAAUUGAUUUUUAAUACACUGUAGUCAACAAUAUCAGGUUUUAAAAAUUUCAAUACGAAUCGGAAUAAAUAUGGAUUAUACACAACACUUGUUAUUUUUCACAUAUUUAUUUUUAUUAUUGUUUAUUCUAAGUUAAAACAUGAUGUUACAUAUGUUGUUGUUGUAUAAAAUAAAUAUAGUUUUUUUUUAAAUAUUUAAGUAAAUAAAAGCAUUUAUUUAUGAUACAAUUUUAAAGCAAUCGUCUACGCGUACUGUUACAAAUUUGUGGAUGUAUUUUCAGGUAUAAGUAGGGUUGCCAACCGUACUAUAUUAUAUAGUAUUGUACUAUAUUUCGGGUCUAUAUACUUUUGAAAUAUAUAUGGUACGCAAAAAUACUAUAUUUUCAACACUGAAAUAUAACAAACGAAAUUUUAAUUUCAAAACUUUGUGAGCCUAUCCUGUUAUCCUGACUUGUCUAUCUUAUUGAGUUUCAAACAUUCAACGAAAAAAUUAAAAAAAUAAUGCUUUUGGUUUUUAAAUUAAAUUAAAGCAUAAUUAUGACACUCUUAUUUCAGACAAAUGAAUUUUGAAAAUGCGACACUGAAUCAAUAUUGUUUUUUUUUUAAAUAAAUGUCGAUUUAUUGCUUAUUACAUAAAAUACUUUAUUUUAUUUAAUCGUACAAUAUUUUUUUAUAGUUGAAUCUGAAAAAUACUAUAAUUUUCUGAAAAAAUGUUGGCAACCCUAGAUGUAAGUACGAUUUCAGACUAGACUGCAACAUUUCUUGAUUGAUGGGACAUCUACUUGUAUCAUCAACAAUAACAGUAGGUAGGUACAGUUGUGGUCAAGCGGGAGCUUAUUCCAUAUAAAAAACACCAGUAGAUCUAGCAUGCUUCAACAUAGAUAGCAUAUUGUCGACCAAUACCGAAUAAACCGACCAAAAAAAUAUUAUCUGGCCGAAUCACAUCCAUAAUUUCCGGAACCCUAUUUGCCGGAAUACGACUUAGUAAGGCAUUCACUUCACUAUAAUUUGUAGCAGUCUGCUUAAAAAGUAUGCGAAGAAAAUAAAAUGCACUCAUUUUUUUUGUUAAACAUGUAAAUUCUGUAAUAUUAUAAAUAUUUUACAAGAGCUUUUUAUUGUAGAUAUAAUAUACCUAAUGUUUACCAAAAAAAAUAACAUUAUAACGAAACUUCGUUAUUCCCCUACGAUUAGAUGUAAGUUGAAAAGCAUAAUAAAUUUUAUUUAAAAAUUAAAA